UAAAAAUGGAGACUGAAGAAAAUAUAGAGGAAAGUGCUCCAGAGCAGAAUUCGGCUGCUGUUUUCGCUGAAUGUCUGCUCAAUCAAGUCAAUUCUAAUGAUGUUUGGUCCAUGAAGGUCUUACAACGAGAAAUGUUGUCAAGAUUUGAGAAGACAAAUGAGAUGUUGAUCAAUUUUAACAUGUUGUCAUCAUCUAGAUAUAAUGUAACAGCCGAGGAUUUCAGAAAACAUACUUUAAUGUUAUAUGAUAUGAAGAAAGAUCUUGAUUUAGUUUUCAAAAGAAUCAGAGUUUUAAAGCAGAGAUUGAGUAAGACAUAUCCAGAAGCCUUUGCAGUUUGUAGUGAUAUCUGUAGUAUGUCUGAAAGACUAGAUGAUGGAGAACAAGAAACAGAGACUGCAACAUCCAGUGAUCAGCCUUCAACAUCAACCACAAUAACGAGUAUUACUCCAGAUAAAGAUGGAGAAACUCAAUCAUGAAGGAAAGUUUGAUGAAAUGACUUAAAGAGCUGGCUUGACACUCCUUAGUGAGUGAUGAUAUGAAUACAAAGAGUUAUUCAGUUGUAUGUUAUAUAAAAGUGAACUAAAACAAUUCAACCGACCAACAGCAUUAGGGUUCAUAUGCUAUAGCUCAAUGGUCAAACAUCAGCCUUUUGUUUAUAAGUUUCAAAGUUACAGUACUCUUAAAACAUUCUCAUGUCUUCGAACUUAUUGGUUUACUAUUUGAAUGAUGAUUAUGGUACAUUCUUUAUGUGUUUGCAUAAUGAAAAUACGUAGGCUCUAUGAGCAAUAAAAUAACCCUUUGAAAAUUAGGCAUGUGGACUCUCUGAUAAUUGUACCCCAUUGACAUUCCCAGUCAGAUGUCAUGAUUGUUAAAGUUUGUUAUCAUCUAUUGUACAGUAAAAAAUUUAAUGUAUAUAUUCAAUUUGAAAUAUUCCUUUAUCUUAUUGUGUAAUUAUGCAUCAAUAAAUUGUUAUUUGUUUUAUUUAGUCUUAAAUUUCUUUUCGGUCCAGCAGUAGAUAAUAAUUGAUUCAAGUGGCGGUGAGUUGAUUGCUGUCUGUAGUCUGAAAGUGGGAUUCAAGUGGCCUGGUGAUAUAGAGGUCUCAUUGGAUCUGUUGCAGUUGACAUUAGCAAAGCCUAUUGUCAACAAUCAACUGCAUGGUCUCAGAUUAUGUCCAUACAAUCAAAUCCCAUUUUUGUUGGACAGUGGAUCAAAGUGCUUAAUUAAGUGAUUCUUCAAGAUGCUGCUAGUCAACACAGUCAAUGAACACAUAAGUUGAAUUAAGAGUGGCUUUAACAUUCUUUUAUCCAUUAUUGUUAUUAGCCCCCUAGUAACAGGAAUUUACAAAACUAAUUUGCACAAGGCCAACGCGUUAUACAUGUUUAAACCACCAUAUUUGUUUUUAUCAGGUUCCUCAUUUUUGACCUCAUCCAGUGCUUUACUAGGAGUUAUUGUGCACUUCUUUACUAUUAAUACAAAAUACGCAUAAUGAUC